UGUAGGGGGCAGCAUCGCUGCGUUAAGCCAGAAGAACCGACCAAGAAGAAGAACCAACACAAAGGUUCCGUUUCCUGUUGAAAGAUCCGCGCUGCACCAUCCCAUCAUCAGAAUGCCCAAAUCAAAGGAAGUGCUGUCCUCCACAUCUGGAAGCGACUCUGACAGUGAAGUAGAGACCAAGGCCAAAAGAAAGAAGCCAAGCGCUCCAGAAAAACCAGCUAAGAAAGCAAAAGGUGGGGAGAGCUCCAAACCUGGAGGCUCUUCCAAAGGCAGCGGCAAUGGAAACGACAACAUGUUCCAGAUCGGAAAGAUGAGAUACGUCAGUGUUCGAGACUUCAAGGGCAAAGUCCUGAUCGACAUCAGGGAGUACUGGAUGAACCAGGACGGGGAGAUGAAACCAGGGAAGAAAGGCAUCUCCCUGAACCCAGAACAGUGGAACCAACUAAAGGAACAGAUCUCAGAAAUCGACGACGCGGUGAAGACAUUAUAAGCAUUCCUGGAACCUUUGCCUGAUGACCUCAUGGGGCAUGUUUGUUAGUUUUGUAAAACCUUUGGAUUUCUUUCCUAAGUUGUAGUUUUUAGGUUCAGGUAUCUGCCAGGCCUGACGUACUGUGGAAGUUAUUUUGAGCUGUUGUUGUCGGCUGUGGGUGGAGGAGUGGGUGGUGGAUCUUGAUGCUGGGUGGGUGUAGUGCAACCAGCACCAGUGGAUACAGUCAUGUUUUUGUAUUGAUUAAUAAAACGAUGCACUAAAGCCUGA